AUGACUGGCCACCACAGUUGGGGAUAUGGGCAGGCUGACGGCCCUUCUGAGUGGCACAAAGCUUACCCCAUUGCCCAGGGGAACCGCCAGUCCCCCAUCGACAUUGACUCUGCACGGGCAGUGUACGACCCCAGCCUGCAGCCCCUCGUCAUCUCCUACGAGUCCUGCACCUCCCUCAGCAUCUCCAACACCGGCCACUCCGUCAUGGUGGAGUUUGAGGACACUGAUGACAGGACAGCAAUCAGUGGAGGGCCCUUUCAGAAUCCAUUCCGGCUAAAGCAGUUCCACUUCCACUGGGGCACCACUCACAGCCAGGGAUCAGAGCAUACCAUUGAUGGAAAACCCUUUCCCUGUGAGCUCCACUUAGUACAUUGGAAUGCCAGAAAAUAUGCAACAUUUGGAGAGGCAGCAGCAGCUCCAGAUGGCUUGGCAGUAGUUGGUGUUUUCUUGGAGAUUGGAAAAGAACAUGCCAGUAUGAACAGACUCACUGAUGCUUUGUACAUGGUAAAAUUUAAAGGAACAAAAGCUCAGUUUAGAGGCUUCAACCCUAAAUGUCUCCUGCCCACAAGUCUAGAUUAUUGGACAUACCUCGGUUCUCUGACAACCCCACCCCUUAAUGAGAGUGUGACAUGGAUAGUGCUGAAAGAACCCAUAAGAAUCUCUGUAAAACAGCUGGAGAAAUUCCGCAUGCUGCUCUUCACUGGUGAGGAAGACCAGAGGAUCCAAAUGGCCAAUAAUUUUCGCCCCCCUCAGCCUCUGAAGGGGAGAAUUGUUCGAGCUUCCUUCAAGGCCUGA